GCGCGAGGGAGAGAGAAAAGGGGCGGGGCCGAGUGGGGGCGCGCGCGAGAGCGCGAGGAUGUGAAGAUGGCGGAGCUGCAGAUGCUGCUGGAGGAGGAGAUCCCGGGAGGGCGCCGGGCCCUCUUCGACAGCUAUACCAACCUCGAGCGGGUCGCCGAGUAUUGCGAGAGCAACUACAUCCAGUCAACAGAUAAACAACGGGCCCUAGAAGAAACCAAAGCAUACACAACUCAGUCUUUAGCUAGCGUAGCUUAUUUGAUCAACACCUUAGCCAACAAUGUUCUCCAGAUGCUGGAUAUCCAGGCGUCCCAGCUUCGGCGCAUGGAAUCUUCAAUCAACCACAUUUCACAAACAGUUGACAUACACAAAGAAAAAGUGGCUAGAAGAGAAAUUGGCAUCUUGACUACUAACAAGAAUACUUCAAGAACUCACAAAAUCAUUGCGCCAGCUAAUCUGGAGAGACCAGUUCGUUAUAUUAGAAAACCUAUUGAUUAUACAAUUUUAGAUGACACUGGGCAUGGGGUAAAGUGGUUGCUUAGAUUUAAGGUUAGUACACAGAAUAUGAAAAUGGGUGGUCUCCCUCGUACCACACCUCCCACCCAGAAACCACCCAGCCCACCAAUGUCAGGGAAAGGGACCAUUGGGCGCCACUCUCCCUAUCGCACACUGGAGCCAGUGCGUCCUCCAGUGGUACCAAAUGACUAUGUACCUAGCCCAACCCGUAAUAUGGCUCCCUCGCAGCAGAGCCCUGUUAGAACAGCUUCUGUGAAUCAGAGGAAUCGCACUUACAGCAGCAGCGGGAGCAGUGGAGGGAGCCACCCCAGCAGUAGGAGCAGCAGUCGAGAGAACAGUGGAAGUGGGAGUGUGGGGGUUCCUAUUGCUGUCCCUACUCCAUCCCCACCCAGUGUGUAUCCAGCCCCUGCCAGCUCGGCUGGCACUUCUCCCCUUCCUGCUACUUCUGUCCCUGCUCCCACUGCUCUCACUCCUGCUACCGUCCCAUCCUCUGCUGCCCCAGAUGCUGCUGCCACUACUGCUGCAGGGGCUCAACCCCUGGCCGAUGGCUUCACCUCUCCAACUCCCCCUGCUGCCUCUUCCGCUCCUUCUGCAGGCCAUACUGUUCAGUUCUAUAGCAUGAAUAGACCGGCUACACGACAUACCCCGCCAACAAUAGGGGGCUCCCUGCCCUACAGGCGUCCCCCCUCCAUCACUUCACAGAACAGCCUUCAAAACCAAGUGAAUGGAGGACCCUUUUAUAGCCAGAACCCAGUAUCUCUUGCACCACCCCCUCCCUCUAUUCUACAGGUUACUCCUCAGUUACCACUGAUGGGAUUUGUGGCCAGAGUUCAGGAAAAUAUUUCGGAGACUCCUCCACCUCCGCCCCCUGUAGAUGAACCAGUCUUUGAUGAAUCUCCCCCUCCACCACCCCCUCCAGAAGAUUACGAAGAGGAAGAAGCAGCUGUGGUGGAAUAUAGUGAUCCUUAUGCUGAAGAGGAUCCCCCCUGGGCACCGAGGACCUACUUGGAGAAAGUUGUGGCGAUCUAUGACUACUCUAAAGACAAGGAGGACGAACUCUCCUUUCAGGAAGGUGCCAUCAUUUAUGUCAUUAAGAAAAAUGAUGAUGGGUGGUAUGAAGGUGUCAUGAACGGAGUGACCGGACUCUUCCCAGGGAACUACGUGGAGUCCAUCAUGCACUACUCGGAGUGAAGACCGCCGUGGAGGGCAAGAGGCACCCUUGCCCCUUGCUUGCCAAGAGACUGUGGGCUUCCCCAGACGUCCACCGGCCCCUGGGAGAGACCCUGGCAUGUGAACUGAAGGAUGGGAGGAAAGAAGGAAGGAUCAUUGUAACAAAAACACUCAAGUUUAUUUUAUUAUUGGUUUUACUUCCCGCUCCCUUUUUAUAAAAUAGUGAUUUCAGUUGUUUUGAAGAAAUGGCUCUUCCAUUUCUGCCAGCAGUGGCAGAGCUGAGCAUUGUGACAGAUUUUAAUAAGCAGAUCCAUUCAGGCGUAGAGUCAGGAGAUGCAAAGAGCUUGCCAAUUAACUGAUCCAUUGCUCAAAUUGUGACCCAUUCAAUCUAGACAUGGGAUUUUUCUCAGGAAUCAUUGUAAGCCCUGGGUAUUGGGACACCCCAAAUACCAGUGUGGGAGGUUUGGCUUUGAUAGGCCAUUCAUUCCCUUGCCCCCUUCCCCAGCCUGCCCUCCCAAUCUCCCUACAUUACACACUUUUAACUGCUGCGAGAAUAGUAUUGUGCUGACAAACACCUGGAUCUCAGGUUGGUUUCUCGCAUCUCUAAAUCAAGUAGUUGUUCAGCACAUGUAGCCUAAUCUAAACAUGCAAGAAGAUAGUUUCCAAUUCAGUUGCCUCUUACUUUUGGAAUUGUAUAAGGAUGUUAUAUUGGGGAUGGUCUCCUAAUUAUGUGGACCCCUUUCAAGCACAAAUAUGGCCACUCUCAUAUGGUUAAAUUAUUUUUAAGAUGUUAAAAGAAGGUCCUAGAGGAAGAUAAUAUGUCAAUAUUAAAUAUUACCGCAGGUUGUUUUUGAUUCUACAGGCAGCCAUAUUCUGUUCCCCAGUUUGCAAAAUAUUGUGAGAAUGGUUUACAUCUUCUUGCCUCAUGUUCUCCAUGUUGUUCAGUUAUUUCUUUCAGAGCAUGUGUGUGCCAGAUGUGGUGGAUAUGCACGUCAGCCCUCAGCCCUGGUAUUCCUUACUGAGACUCAGUGUAGUCUCCUGGAAUCACCUCAUGUGUUAUAAAUUGGGAAAUUAGAACUAGGGAGAAUGAGUAUAUCUAGGGAAGGGAAAAGUUUGAGUUUGUUGCAUGGUUCAGAUGAAGCCCUGAUCAGCUCAAAUAUUUAUCACCAUGUAUACUAUUUGUCAAUUUCCCGGUCUAGGAGCCUAUUGCAAAUGGUCUGUGCAGGCAGGCAAAUAUUGCCCAGUUCUGUCAGAUGAUUUUACAAGGAUUUCAAAGGGCUCCCUUUUUCUGGUUUUCUUUGAACACUAAUUAGAAACGGAUGAGAGCUGUCGCUCUCUUCCACCCCCAAUGAGGUGGUUGUUUUUCCUGUAUGUCAGUGGAAUCCUGCUAUGAUAGCUCUGGGGAUUUUAGGACCACACCAGAUGAUAUAUGAAAUGUACAGUAGAGUCUCACUUAUCCAACGUAAACGGGCCGACAGAAGGUUGGAUAAGCGAAUAUGUUGGAUAAUAAGGAGAGAUUAAGGAAAAGCCUAUUAAACAUUAAAUUAGGUUAUGAUUUUAUAAAUUAAGCACCAAAACUUCAUGUUACACAACAAAUUUGACAGAAAAAGUAGUUCAAUACACAGUAAUGCUAUGUAGUAAUUACUGUAUUUACGAAUUUAACACCAAAAUAUCACGAUGUAUUGAAAACAUUGACUACAAAAAUGCGUUGGAUAAUCCAGAACAUUGGAUAAGCGAGUGUUGGAUAAGUGAGACUCUACUGCAAUUGUAUUUGAUUAAUCAGCAGCUAUUGAAGUUUUCGAGCAGGAUUGUGCCUGAGAUGAGUGGAAAUUGGAAAGAAGAGAAAUGUAGAAAGAGGUUCCUGUUGUUGGCAGGAACAGCUUCUGUCUUUCGACAAAUAAACUAAUCUGGGGGAAAGAAUUUUGCUGGGACAGGGCAGUCUGUGCCUGCCACAUUUUCAAUCCGAGUUCUGCCACUCCCUCUUAAUAAAAGAUAUGUGGAUGGUGACCACACAUUUCGUGUAUCAUCUUGGUGGGUUACACUGAUCUGUUAGGCUACACAGACCAGACUUGAAUGCAUUGAGAUGACACUUUAAAUGUGAUGUGCUUGGAAUGCAGGCUGUGCUAGCCUUUCUUUCUUCAGCUAGCUCAAAAUUCAUUAAUCCAGCAAAACUGAGUUUUGCAUCUAGGCUCCCAAUCUGUGCAGACUGUGUUGGUUUAACCACCAUGGCAGGAGGGUUGUGGAAUCUCUCUCUUUUUUGUUGCUAGAGCCAUGAACAAACUUCAGGUAUUACCGAGAGUCAUUAUCCUCCUAUAGAUGGCUGUAGCCUCCAAGAUUACAGCUGCUUAUGUGGGUGAUCAGGGUGCUUGCAAAGGUUACAGAUACAAAGCUUAAGACUAAGAUGCUCUUCUUUGACUACAUACAAUAAAAAGGGAUCACAGUGCUCACAGGAGAGGUGAGUAACUGACCUUCCAGAUGAUUUUAUCCUACUACUCUCACCAGUCACCACAGCCAGUGAUAGUGGAUUAUGGAAACUGCAGUUGAAAAACAUAUGAACUGGUGUAUUUGGGGGUGCUGAAGUAUAGUUUGGCUAGGUGGAGCCACCUCCAUAAGAGUAGGUUCACAUAGUGGUUCUUCAAGUCCUAGAAGGAUGGAACAUGUUCAGGGUGCCAGAGGUUUAAGAACAGGUAUGUUGGUACUAUCUGGAUACAUUUUUUUGGCAUAGCUCAUGACCCAAAUAAAAUUAUUAUCCAUGAUUCAUGUCAGUAAUAAAUAACUGAGAAGGAAGGUACCUUAAGUGGGCCAAAAUUCACUUUAAAAUAUGCGAUAAUUUGGAGCUAUAGUUUUCAGACUUUUGUCCAGGCAGGUACUGAAAUGGGGGUGAGGAUGACUCAGGUUGGGCAGAAAUUAACUGUAAUGCUUGGAAGUAAGAUACAGAAUGAGUGCAUUGGAAAUUAUUUAUUUAUUUAAAACAUUUAUAUUCUGCCCUUUUCACUCCGAAGGGGACUCAGGGUGGAGCACAACAUAUAUACAGCAAGCAUUCCAUGCCGGGACAUAAAAUAACUAUAAUAUACACAAACAGUAAAAUCUGUUAUAUCUCAGACAGGUUGAAAACAUUCUAGUUGUUCCCUCCUACUGGAUUUUAUUAAUGUAAAAUAUGAUUUUAACUUAGAUUUUGUUAACUUUACCAAUGGGCAGUUCUCCUUUUCUUCUGCAGUGGCUCUCAAAUUUGGAACCAGUGAUAUUGCAUUCCUUACUUGUUGUCAUUUUAAGAAGGAGGGAAUCCAAAAGAAAACAGAAGUAUUUAGGGCUGUAGAGAGUUCUGGGGUGGAAUUAUAUUCAUGCAGGAUAUUUCAUUGUGUUUCUCCAUGUUUGGAGGGCUCUCUACAGUUUGGGGCAAAAAAGUCAGAAAAGUGGGGUUCAUAGGCCACAUAUUGUCCAAUGUCACUCACUCUUGUUGUACCAGAACCUUUCUAAACACACUCGCCAUACUGGAAGUAAUUUGGUUCUUUAGUGCUCAUGCCAUAACAGAUGCUGAAUGACUUCAGGGAUAAAAUUGUGAAAACUAAAGCUCCAAAGCUGAUAUUAUAUUGACUACAUUUUAAAAACCCAACUGAAGUUUCUUUCCCCACUUAACUUUUAAACAAACCCCAGUAGAGCCACUCAUUAUUUAAGACAAUCAUGGCGGACAAUUUUAGGUCAUGAGCUGGCUAGAUAAAGUGCAAGUUUUGUAUAUAUUCCUGCGCAGCAGGGGAGAUUUGACUGGAUGGCCCUUGAGGCCUCUUCCAACUGUAUCCUUUUCUGAUUCUAUGAGCUUGCAUAAUCCUUCAACCACCUCAUCUGGCUCAUAGAAAAAAGUUUCUUGUAUGAUCAUUCUGCUCUACAUAUUGGAUAUGUGUAUGUUAAUGUUCUUAUGCAUCUAUAUUUGACUACGAUCACCUUACCACUCUUAGUAUGGUGAAUCGGAGUCAAAUAGCAUCUUUAAAGGUAUUGUGCACAAGCCUAAGGUAUCCUAGCCUGUGAAGAAGCUUUGGAAGUACUUAUUAUAGUAUUGCUCCUCAGGUCCCUGAUCAGCAUGAAUGAGAAAGCCCUGAUGCUUCUGUAAAGGAGAAGAUCUCAUGCAGAGCUUUAGAGAAGGAAUCUACUCCUGUUCAUUUCCCUGUGUGAGAAUGCUAUCCUUUUCCUCUCGCCUGAGAUUUUUUAAAUUGUUGAAUGACAGUGACAGGGCCAGGGGCAAUAACAAGUUAUGGCUAAUUGAUAAACUAAGGCAUAUUAACCUGUGUGCCUGGAAAAAGGUGUUAAAAGGAUCAAAGAAAUGUAAUGUGAAAGUUGUCCAAUUAUAUUUGCAGUUCUAAUCAAAGCAUCCAGAGAUUUUCUCCCCCCAUUCUGCCUUGUUUCCCAAAGAUUAUCCAAAACUAUAAAAAGGCAGAUGUAAUGAGGAGGGUGCAGUUAAGAGUCCCAUCUGGUUUAAUUGCUGCUGAAGGAGGAGAAGCUUCUUCCCCUUUGCUUUACAAAAAUUGUAGCUUUGAUUCUUCUCAUUACUGAUGCAAUUUACUCCUGGCAUGGGGCCCUACAUGCUAUGGUCAGUUUCUCAAGGACACAGUUUUUUCAUUUGCCUCCCCCCCCCCCCAAAAAAAAAACAGUAAAAAAGGAAAAGAAAAGCAGUCUGCCUUAAUUUUGAAUUCAUCAUGUCAGAGGUGAGUUGAUCUGUUCUCUGCCCUUCUGGGAAAUGUCAUAUCAUUUAUCUUAAAUAGAGUACACAAUGAGACUGAGGAAUGCUUACCCCUAGCAUUGCUUUAGCAUUAUCCCUAAAAAUGUGUCUGAACCCUUAACUUUGUCCUUUGCAAGGUCCUGACCACUGGAGCUAAAGAGCAAAUGCAUACUUGAUCCAAAAAGAUUGGGUCUAGAUUCCAUAGUCCCCUCAAUUCUAACAGAAAUCUUCAGUUUGGAGAGGUUUCAGAGACUGUGGCUGCAGUGUUUAUAAAAGUGCAUUCAAAUUCAGAAAUGGCUCAUAAGGAGCUUCAGUGCACUGAUUAAAUGGAUACGUUUCUUUGGUGGUGUGUAGAGUCAGAAGACCAGGCCUGCCGCUCCAAGCCUCUGGCCGCUCCAAGCCUCUGGCUGCUCCCUGCUGCCUGCCAAGCCAUGGUCAUCUUCCUGUGGGGUUUGUCUCCUGAUUUUAUUGCUUUUUAUUCUUCAGUAAUAAUGUUGUAAAGAAAUUCCUUGGAUUUCAUGCUUAUUUUUUUAUUUUGUACAACUUUGAAAUCUGUAGGAUGUCUAGGGAUGAUACUGUAUGUACAAGGCCCAAAGUAACCAGACUUUUUCUGUAUGUAAUGUUGCAUAGACUGCAUGCUAUAUCAAGUCAGUGAGGGUGGUAUUCCAUCUAUAAAUUGUACAUUUUCUCCAACGGUCCUUCUUUUUAAUGGUUAAAAAAGGAGGGGUGGGGUGGGGUAGGGUGGGUGGACGGACAAGGUGAGAAGGCCUGGGAAAUUCCUCCUCAGGUCCUUCUAUUAAACAUCAAGUGAAGGUGUCAAAACUAUUAUUUGAAUAUUUGAGGGAGAGCAAAUGAAGAGCCCUGUUUAUGAUCCAGUUUAUGUUCAUGAAAUAAUGGCACACAGAUCUGAACAUAGAUGCUGCUCCUUGCCCAUUCUUUUGUCGGAUUGGGCUUUUUGAAGAGCAGAUCACUUUAUCAAAGCACCAGGAACAGAUCUUUCAGUGCAAAAAGCGUGGUCUGCCUAAAAUAGAAAUGGUAAUCUUUUGUGCCUUUUUUUAAGGCUUGAGGGUUGUUACGUUGCUGUUUCCAAGAGCCGCCUUUGCUCUACUUUUGUAUAAAUUGCUGCCACUUGUCUCUGGCUUCAUCUGAGGGCUUGCACAUGCCACAUUAAAGAAGGUAAAGAGCAUUUCCCACAGUCCAUGGAGAGGUUUAUUUUCUGCUUUUAUGUGUUUAUGGUGAAUCAGCCUGGCACAAAGAUGAUACUUUUGAGAUGUAGCUCUGCUAGUACGGUUAGUCAUUUAUUUUUGGUUAUAUUAUCAACAUUUGGAGAGGAGAGUGAAUUAAUAAGGGGUUCAUGAAGGAUUUAUUCCCAGUUUGCUUAUGACUAGUGUUUCUAAGGAUUACUUUGUGUUUCAGGUACUAACAGUUGCCUGUGUGAAUGGAUGGACUGCUUUUAAUGGGGUUUUGCAUGUGUAUCCUUUUCCCCUUUCUGGAUUACAUUUUAAAAGAACUCUCUGGAGCCCCAACCAUGUCCUUCCUAUAAUUUUGCAUGAGAGUCUUAGGCCCAUUUUCCUAUCAGUUCACAUAGCAUAGCCUGAAGGCAAAUCCCAUUCUAGGAGUGCAGCUGAAGACACAGGAUAAACUGGGUAUUUGGCUUUAAGUAGAGCAUUCCAUGGCAGUCACUGGUUUUGCAAAAACACAUCUAGCCAUCUCUGUUUUGAUUAUUUGGGUGAGUGGAAUGGAGAAUGACACCAGCCCAUUCUCUUUAAAGUAACAAUUUCUUGCCUAGACCAAGUUAAGAUUGUCUUUGUGUCUUCUAGUCUUUGUGGAUUUUACUGGUUGUAACUCUUAAAUUUUUCUGCUGACCUCUGCUAAUGAAGUAUUAAACGUUUCCCCCAUUAAAAAGAGGUAUUAAAGCAAAAUAUAUUCCAUGGCAUACUGACCCGUUGGUCCCACUCGAAAAACCACAAGUGAGUACUCUGCCAAAGCACUGAAAAAGAGUGGGGGCUGUUUAUGGGGCCCUAGGGUUAAAAUGGGAAAGGGAAUGUUUUCCAGUUAGGCCUGACUUGGAUUGGCUAGUUCUGAAUAGAAGAGGCUCACUUGUGGUUUUUCGAGUGGGACCAAUGAUUAGAUUCCAAGUUGCUGGGGCAGCCUUUGGCUGUAGCAAUAUUUGGAAAUGUCAUUAGCUUACUGAAGAAAAUAUUGAUUAUUGUAAUUCUCACUGAUGCUACUUUUUAAAAACCUCUACACAGCUGCUAAAAUAAAUGAAGGAGAUGGGGGAAAGGCCUUAGUCAUGAGAAAUAAUGUAACAAGUGAGAAAUGAUUCCUGUCUCGCAUGCAGUAUUAAACUUGUAAUUUUUCCUGGAUAAUGGGUACUGCAGUAAUUAUAACUCAAGGAGAUACUAGCAGAUAUUGCCCAAAGCUAGGCAUUCAGUGGAUUGAUAAGAUGGUGUAUUACAUUUUUUAAAAGUUGAAUCUUGCGGAUAGACUCGAACUUAAUAAUGUAUAAAUUACCAUACCUUCAUUUACUGUGCUAAAAUCCAUAUUAUAAAAGGGUGAUAUUUGUCUGCUUUUCCCUCCAGUACAGUUUGGUCAAGGUUGUCGCCAAGUGCACCUUGAAAGCAGGAAAUGGUUCUGUUUCAAACUGAACCAUGGAACAGAACUUAUGCAAUUUAGUUGUUCUUUUGAUUCCAUCAUGUUAGCUGUAGUAGUAAAUGGGGAAUUAGUGCAAACUGACCUCCAUUAAAAUAGUGGUUCUCAACCGGUGGGUCCCCAGGUGUUUUGGCCUACAACUUCCAGAAAUCCCAGCCAGUUUACAAGUGGUUAGGAUUUCUGGAAGUUGAAGGCUAAAACAUCUGGGGACCCACAGGUUGAGAACCACUGCAUUAGAACUUGGCGAAUGCUCAUGGGUGAGAUCCAGACUUACAUUUAAGAGACAUGUAAAUCAGUGACUAAGCCCUGUGUAGUUCACUGGGUCUUCUCAGAGUAUGCCUAAGUCUGGAUCUAGUCCAUUGAAAUGUCACAUGACUUGGAAAGAUGGGCUUAAUAAAACAAGUAUAAUGUGGAUAGGCAGUUAUGUGACCAUUGUGGAGCAUAAUCUGAGCUCUUGAGGUGACCCAAUAAGUAACAGGAAAAGGAUUCAAAGGAAGGCUGUUACUGGUUGUUCAAUUGUGUGUGCCAUUAAAUGACCUUCCAAUGAGUGAAGGAACAAUUUUUUAAAAGUUUUACAAUUGUAUUUGGAAUUGACUGUUGCUGUGUACUAAACCCUCUUGUUACAAUUACAAAUCCUAAAUAAAAAACAAAAAGCACA